AGAAAACCCUAACCUACUCAAUUUCAAUCAAGAUUUCCUAAAGGCAACAAUGGUGGGGUGGAGGAUUUGAGCAGACAUGGCGGAAAUAGACGUUGGACGAGUUUACAGUGGUAAUCCGUCAUUCUUCUCGAUUAAACUGUUUUAUAAUGGAGUUUUUACAAAGUUUCAUGGAAGGAGAUACAUAAAGGGAAAAGUAAAGUAUGUUGAUUUAUUGGACAUUGACGAGUUCUCUAUUCAUGAUAUUGAUGAAAUGAUGGACAUCCUUGGUUGCGUAGAGGAAGGUAAGCUAUUGUAUUAUCACUUCAAAAGACCAUUAUCAGAUUUGGACACUGGUUUGUAUGCUUUGGCUUGUGAUAGUGAUAUUAACCACUUGAGGACAUAUGUGGAGAAACAUAAACUUAUUGAAGUUUAUACAGAGCAUGGUUUUGAUGAAGACUUUGAUCAUUGUGAAAACCCUCUAAAUGACUUUGAUCAAGACUUAACUUCAUUUGUACAAGAAUUUGAUCAAGACUUUACUGCAUUUGUACAAGAUGAGGUCAAUCAAGGUGAGGACAUGGGAGUGCAUGGUGAUGAUUUGACUGGCAGUGAAGAUAGUGACUUCCUAUUAGACGAGGAUAACAUGAUUGAGGAGCAUGACAUAGAUAUGAAAGAAUUUUUCUCGAACAUUGACCAAAAUGCAGAAUGGAUGGGUGACAAUGGAGGGUCAAGUAUGAAUGUAGAAGAUGGUAAGGAAGAUGAACAAAUCGAGAGUUUUGGUUCAUCUGAAGAGUUGAAAAACAAAAUAAAACAACAUGUUGUCAAGACUAGAAAAGAGAUUGUCAUAAUUAAAAAUGACAAAAAUAGGGUAAGGGCCAUUUGUAAAGGUAGUAUACCAGACCUUAUUGAAGUAGGUGUUGGUGGGCCUGUUGAAGAAAGCAAGUGCCCGUGGGUCCUAUAUGCAAGCAGGUGGAGUAACGAUGCAGAUUGGGAGGUGGAAAGUAACCCAACAAUUCCUACAAGAGCUUUACAAGAACAACUCCAACGCCAAUACCAAUGUGACAUUUCGAAGAUGAAGGUAUUUCGGGCAAAAACCGAGGCAAAUAUUCAUGUGAUAGGUGAUUAUGCAGGCCAAUACUCUAUAUUAAGAGACUAUGUUUUGGAACUUCAAACACGAAGCCUAGACACCACCGUGAAAAUCGAAGUUGAAACCGAACCCAAUCCCCACUGUGAAUCAAGAAUAUUCAAUCGGAUAUACAUAUGCUUAGGGUCAUUGAAGAAGGGUUUUGCAGGUGGAAAACGAGAUUAUCUUGGUUUGGAUGGGUCUUUUAUAUCCAGGAAUAGUCCUCACAGCAGUGAAUUUCACCAUGCAAUGGAAGAGUUCAAGAAAUUGAAUAAUGAUUGCUAUGAAUGGGUUAAAUCUAUUCCACCUCAGCACUGGGCUAGGUCACACUUCACAGGGAGGGCACAUUGUGAUGGUCUUCUAAAUAAUUUGUGUGAGUCUCUUAAUAGUCAACUUCAAAAAGCACGUGAACAACCGAUCAUCACUUGUCUAGAAUCCAUUAGAUACUACCUAAUGGUAAGGAUAGUCACAGUGCAAAAGGUAAUCGAUAAGGCAUCUGGACCUUUGACUCCAACUGCAACAACUGUAUUGGAAAAAAUAAAAAAUGAGGCAUCACAAUGUAUUGGUGUGUUUUGUGGGAAUGGUAAAUACCAAGUUAUUGGACCAUGGAUGGACCAGUGUGUUGUUGACAUGGUUCAACACACAUGUUCUUGUAGGAAAUGGGAACUCACUGGCAUCCCAUGUAAGCAUGAAAUAGUUGCAAUAUGGGAUAUGAGAAAAAACAAUAAAGAUGUAGGGUUGCCUGAAUCAUGGGUUCAUCCCACUUACUGGCUAAAAACAUGGAAGGAAAUGUAUUCCUUCAAGAUUGAACCUAUUAAUAGAAAAAGAAUGUGGGAAAAAUAUCCUUGCCCUACCACAUUUCUACCUCCUAAACAUCAUGUCCCUAUUGGAAGACCAAAAAAGAAACGAAAGAAGUCUGAUGUGGAAGAUUUGGUGAAGGGGAAUAGUGCUUCAAGGAAAAAUAAAUCUGUGACAUAUGGUGUAGGGAAGAAAGCAGAUGGUGAUGGGAAGAAAAAAAAUGGUGCUUGGAAGAAGAAAGCAGUUGGUGCUGGGAAGAAACCAAAUGGUGCUGGGAAGAAGAAAGCAGUUGAUGCUGGAAAGAAACCAAAUGGUGCUCGAAACAAAGGAAAUAAUGUUGUUUGA